CCUCGCCUCCCCUCCCCACCCGCCGCCACUUUCGCCUCUCGGACGCGGCCGGCAUGAGACCUCGCAGGCGGCUGCUCCGUCGCCUCCGGGCGAGCCAGCCAAGCCCCCUUUCCCUCCACACCCCCGUCUAAUUCCGCUCCGGCUCCGCCAUCUGGGGACAUCUUUUUUUCCUUCUCUCUCUCUCCCUCUCCGUUUUAGUGGAGGGGGUGUGAAAGCAGGAUCUCUUCCGGAUUGUACGGCGCUCCUCAAGCGGGGGCUCCCCGGCGUGUGUAUAUGUGUGUUUUGGGUUAUUCCAUCAACUCUUCUCUCACCCCACACCCACCCACCCCGCCUGGGUUUUCUCCUAAUGCUGUUGAAGGAAGAGGGAGCGCGAGGGAGGGAGCGCGCGCUUCGCCAGCUCCACUGAUCUGUUAUUGAGGAGGGCUUGACUCGACGUGGUAGAAGGCGAUCCGAGGCUAGGGGAAAAGAGAGCGAGGCGGCGCAGGCUCCAAAUCUGCCGAUUACAAACAGCCUCUCCUUAUAUGUAUGGAUAGUAAUAAUAGUAAUUAAUUAAAGAGAGGGAGUGAGAGAAUACCUCCCCCUCUCCGUCCUGGAUUGACUGAAUGGCUUCCUUGUACCAGAGAUUCGGCGGGAAGAUCAACACCUCCAGAUCCUUCCCGGUGACUCCCGAGGCGAGUCACCUGCUGGGUCCCCAGUGCGCCGAAGAGGACAGUUCCGCGGCGGCAGCCGCGGCCAAAGCAGCCGGCGGAGAAGGGAAAGCGUCGCGUCCAUUGCAACAAGACAACCCCCGACCCCGCUUCCAAUACCAGGCGAGGAGGAGUGACUGCGAGGAAGAAGAUGAGCUGGUGGGGAGCAACCCUCCACAAAGGAACUGGAAAGGAAUUGCAAUUGCGUUACUUGUUAUUCUGGUUAUCUGCUCCUUGAUUGUCACUUCAGUUAUCUUGCUGACACCAGUCGAAGAUAAUAGCCAGUCUCAAAAGAAGAAGAUUACAGUGGAAGAUCUGUUCAGCGAAGAUUUCAAAAUUCAUGACCCAGAGGCUAAAUGGAUAAGUGAUACAGAAUUCAUUUAUAGAAACCGGAACGGCUCUGUAAUACUGCACAAUGUUGAAACAAACAACUCAACGGUGUUAAUAGACAACAAAAUAAUUGUGUCUAUGAAAGCUAUUCGAUAUGAAGUUUCACCAGACAAAAAAUACGGACUUUUUGCCUAUGAAAUUGCACCGACGUAUCAGCAUUCGUAUACAGCUUUUUAUGUCCUCCGAAAACUACCUGAUGGGGAACCUCAAAAUGUGUAUCCUCCCGAAGUUAGCAAUACAAAGCUUCAGUAUGCAGGAUGGGGACCCAAAGGCCAACAGCUUAUAUUUAUCUUUGAGAACAACAUCUACUACUGUGCCCAUGUGGGGAAGCAGGCCAUCCGCGUGGUCUCCACUGGGAAAGACAAGGUUAUUUUCAAUGGACUCAGCGACUGGCUGUAUGAAGAGGAGAUCCUGAAGACCCAUAUUGCACACUGGUGGUCCCCCGAUGGCACAAGAUUAGCGUAUGCAACUAUCAAUGACUCCAGAGUCCCCACUAUGGAAAUACCUAUGUUCACAGGCAGCCUCUACCCUAAAGUGGAGACCUAUCAUUACCCAAAGGUUGGAACAGAAAAUCCAAGCAUUUCCUUACAUGUCAUUGGUUUGAAUGGGCCUACUCAUGAUCUGGAAAUGACUCCUCCUGAUGAUUCAAGAAUGAGGGAGUACUAUAUAACCAUGGUGAAGUGGGCAACCAGUACCAAAGUUGCAGUAAACUGGCUGAACAGGGCACAGAAUGUUUCUAUCCUGACUCUCUGUGAUGCAACAACUGGAGUCUGCACAAAGAAACAUGAAGAUGAGAGCGUAGCCUGGCUGCACAGACAGAACGAAGAGCCCGUCUUCUCCAGAGAUGGCAGGAGGUUCUUCUUCGUCCGAGCCAUCCCUCAGGGAGGGAGAGGCGAGUUUUACCACAUUACCAUGUCUUCAUCGCAGCCCAACAGCAGCAGCAACGAUUUACAGUCGAUCACAUCGGGUGACUGGGAUGUGACCAGGAUUUUGGGAUAUGAGGAAAGGCACCAUAAAAUCUAUUUCCUCAGCACAGAAGAGUUACCAAGGACACGACAUUUAUACAGUGCCAGCACUAAAGGGCCCUUCAACAGGCAGUGCCUCUCUUGUGACCUGAUAAACAACUGCACGUACUUCAGUGCAUCCUUCAGCCACAACAUGGCCUAUUUCAUCCUGACCUGCGAAGGUCCAAGAGUUCCACUGGUAACAGUCCACAACACAUCAGAUGCACAAAAACUCUUUGACCUAGAGGUAAAUGAAAAGGUGCAGAAGGCAGUAGCAGAAAGACAGAUGCCCAAAGUAGAAUACACAGAAAUCAAGAUUCAUGAUUACAAAUUGCCGAUGCAGAUUUCAAAGCCGGCCGUCUUCACUGAAAACAUGCACUACCCCUUGCUUCUUGUUGUCGACGGGACUCCGGGCACACAGAGCGUGACAGAAAAGUUUGAGGUGAACUGGGAGAGCGUCAUGGUCAGCUUGCAUGGCGCCAUCGUGAUGAAGUUUGAUGGGCGUGGAAGUGGUUUCCAAGGGACCAAGCUGCUCCACGACGUGAAGAGGCGGUUGGGUGUUUUCGAGGAAAAGGACCAGACGGAGGCUGUCUGCACAAUGCUGCAAAACACAUACAUUGACAAGUCGAGAGUCGGUGUGUUUGGAAAGGAUUAUGGAGGCUACUUGAGCUCUUACAUCCUCCUUUCUGGAGAAGAGAAUAAAGACCCUGUCUUCUCCUGUGGCGCUGCUCUUUCCCCACUGACAGACUUCAGAUUAUAUGCUUCGGCCUUUUCAGAAAGAUACUUGGGAUUACAAGGGAUUGACAAUAAAGCAUAUGAGACUACUAAACUGGCACAUAAAGCGAUGUCCAUGAAAGAUCAGAAGUUUUUGAUCAUUCAUGCAACUGCUGAUGAGAAAAUCCACUUCCAGCACACUGCUGACCUCAUCACACACCUAAUUAGGGCAAAGGCUAAUUACAGCUUGCAGAUAUACCCCGAUGAAGGUCAUUACUUCAACAACCCAGCCCUGGAGCAGCACCUGUACAAGUCCGUGGUCAAUUUCUUCGCGGAGUGUUUCAAACCCCAGGACAAACCCCCCGUAGUAUCAACAAAAGAGGAAGACGAUGAGGAAUAACCCUUCAGGCUUGUGCUCAUGAGCACAAGGCAGUUUAUAAUAAAUAAUAAUAAUAAUAAUAUGCAACUGAAUCUCUCUGUUUCCCCCCCGGAGAAAGAAGCAUUACAUGAGCAUGUAUUUAACAAAAACUGAAAAGGAGAAGCAGUCCGCCUGCUGCUUGUACUACAUCAUGACUCUUUCCUGAACGGGAGAACAUUUAAGCAUGAGGAACUCAGCAGAAACUGCUGUUCAAAAUGAGAAAAAGAAAAGAAAGGAUCUUCUUGUCUUCUCUUGCCACAAAGUGACUUCUGGAGUAAGAUGCUCAAAUCAGGAAACUGGACUUAGAAGGAGAUUCCCCCAAGAUGACUAUUAAGCAAACCCCUUUGCAUUGAAAGUAUUCAAGCGGUAGGAAUGAAAAACCCACCAUCCGUCUGUGUUAGGGUUCCCUUAGUUAGCGCCUCAUUGUCUCAGAUAAGACUACCAACCAUGGAAUAAAGAUUAUAGCACAAUUAUUUUUCCAAGGUACCAAUUUAUGUGUUGUUUGCCCAUUGUCCUCUGCAUUUCGGAUAAUUGGUCGUUGCUACAGAACUGCUCCGCUAAGCAGACGUUUCCUUUGUAGCAAGCCCUGCUGUAGUCACACUACCUUUUAAUUAAAGUUCAUGCACUGUAUAGGUCUUUCUGUAUAUAGUGUUUAUCUUCCACUUCCUUUUCCUUCGGCCUUGUACUAAUCCUUUAGCUCUGCAAUGUAUUCUGGGUAAGGGGAGAGGGGAGAAAUUGCUUAAAUACAGUAGACUACAUGGUGUAGGGUCCCCUUUCUCCCUAAAACAUGCAGGAACUCUUCCUGGAGAUUUCUUUAAGGCACUGAUUACAACUUAGCUUUUGGGGUCUUGUUAACAUGAAACAGACUUUUAAGCAAUCUGUCCAAUGCUUUUAAAAAACAACAAAGUCGUAAUGGGGCAGGGGAGGGGCAACAAGAUCUGCCUGACAGUUGUCACACCACAUAGUUUAAAGGCCUACCACUGCAAGGUCAAGAACUGCAGCUGUCAUGCAAAACAGCAAGGUUCUGGUCCUCAUUGUUGUGGAGAAUGGGUGGAGCAAAUCUGGGGCAUCUCUUUGGGACCUAAAGCAGGGGCCGGCAAGGUUUACCUUGCCUGGGUCGGUUCACUCCAGCGGAGAUCCCUCUGUGGGCCGGAUUGCAUGUGUGCCCACGAUUUCCGGCGUCUGUGCCUGCGCAGAUGCACUUUUCAGCGCCACAAAAGCGAGUCCCCGCGCCGUGCUGGUUUAGUGCAGCGCACGGGGUCUCACCAAGUAAGCAGCUUGGUUCGGGGGCAUCUCAAGGGCCGGUUAAACGACCCCCGUGGGCUGCUUGUGGCCCAUGGGCCUUAGGUUGCCGACCCCUGGCCUAAAGGGUCAGAUCUUGACAGUGUUUAGAGGCUAAGAUUUCCUGCCUUGCUAUGUCAGCUGCCUGUCUAGAUCAAAGCAUGGGUUGCCUACUCAGUUGUGCGGCAAUUUCUUCUCUCCUAACUCUUCCACGGCUCCAACUUCUGUUGACUGUAAUUGUUCUAAGUCUGCAGAUAUUACCAUCACAAUAACGUAUGCAUUUUAAUCAGUGCUAACAAAAGUGCUUUUUUUUUUUUUUUUGGUCUUAUCUCUUGUUGUGAUGAUGAAACCUAGGUUUUGGGAUUGCAAGUUUGCAUUUCUUUUUUCCUCAUUGGCUUCUAAACGCAGCCCUCUUCCUCUCUACAGUUCCCUCCUAUUCCCACGCCCCAACCCCUGCUCGCUAGAGUCCUGGGAGAGACAAAUAUAUUUCAAACCAUUUUGAGCCCCCUCGCACCUUUUCUUCUUCCUUUGUCUGUUUUGGCUAAUGUAAAUUAUUCUGACCAAAUGUACAGCUAGUAUGAAUACUGUAUAAUUCAUUUUGUUGUAUAUAACAGGAAUGUAAGUCUUUGAUUUGUCGAGUCUCCCUCCCUGAGUCCCUUCUGCAACCCAGUAUUAUUACGUCUUGUGUUCAGCAUGCAUGCAAUAACACUUGUUUGUUUAUUAAGACCCCUUAGAGGUAUUCAUUCAAACUAUAUCAAUUGUGCAAUCCUUUAUUAUUAUUACUAUUAUUAUUAUUUGGACAGCUUGAAUGUCAAUGCCAAUUUCUACAUUUUUACAUUGUGGCUGUUGGUAAAUUGCCCAUCCCAGGCAGCAGUGCGGCGCAGAUCACUUUCGCAGCAUUCCUCGUUUUUCCUCUGUUUCGUUUUAGGUUCAGUCUGUUGGCUGUUGGUGGUAAUUAGAUCACCAUGGGAGAUAAUUCCAGUGGGGAGUGAGGACAUUUCUCUUCUCUUCCUUCCUUCCUUCCUUCCUUCCUUCCUUCCUUCUUUCCUUCCUUCCUUCCUUCCUCUCUCUCUCUCAUAAUUUAUCGUUCAUCAGAAUUCACAUGAACAGGGAUUGCAGAAUAAUGCCGCUUCCUCCGGCCAAAUUCCAAAUAGACCAUGUGAAUGCUACAGAUGUCCAGGUUUCAAUAAUCUUUUUGUGGCUGGUACGCCUGAACUGAAUUUGAGCAGAGGAGCUCACUGACUGCUCUGAUCUUAACCUUUUGUAGAGGGAAAGCCCAGGUGCGCCAUAGUAGUGUUUGUUCAUCCAUAAAAUAAAGCAUUAUUUUACCACCA